AUGUCGAAAGAACAGACAAUCGCCUCGGUUGAGCCCCUGCACGUUGGCCAAUUCUUGUUCGUCAAGAUUGUGACCAACCAUGGUGUUGUAGGCUGGGGCGAAGGUGGUGUCUGGGGCCACAUCGAAGCCGCAGCAACAUCAGUGAAACGCUUUGCGGAAUAUCUCGUCGGUAAACCUGCCUUCUGCAUAGAGCACCAUUGGAAUGUCAUGCACCGGUUUAGUUACUUCCAAGGUCUGGCUAUCAAUGCUGCUAUUUCCGCAAUCGAUAUUGCCCUGUGGGAUAUUAAAGGCAAGGUGCUGGGCGUUCCGAUCUACGAACUGCUCGGCGGGGCAUGUCGCACCAAGGCCCGUGUCUAUGGCCAUAUCUAUGAGAAGACUAUUGAAGGGGUACUGGCCGAGUGCAAGCGGAAGAUGGAUCUCGGGUAUACUGCGUUUGGUCAUAUCAACCCGUUUCUAGACGAAGGGAAUGACGAGGUCUACUUCAAGACCCAUGUGAAAAAAAUGCAAGAUGCCGCGGAAAACGUACACAAGAUGCGUGCCGUUGUUGGAGAGAAAGUCGAUCUGUUGAUUGAGUUACACCGCCGUUUGACCCCCGCUGAGGCCGUGACGUUCAGCAAUAUGAUCAAGGUCGACACUCCGAUGUUCGUCGAGGACCCUAUUCGCCCGGAGAGUGCAGAUGCUAUAGCUCGGGUCGCUGACCGGAUUGCGGUCCCUAUCGCCACCGGGGAACGAUUCUUUACCAUCUAUGAAUUCCAGGCUCUGCUGUCUCGUCAGGCCUUGGAAUAUGUACGUGUAGACGUUGCUGUUUGUGGUGGUAUUACAGGAGCCAAGAAGGUUGCUGCCAUGGCAGAAGCACAUAACUGCCAGCUGGUGCCGCACAACCCUCUUUCGCCCGUUGGUCUCGCCGCGUGCCUGCAAGUCGCAGCCGCAAUCCCGAACUUUGCGAUCCAAGAGUACGCAACUGGGUUUGAGGCCGGGGUCUUCUCGUCCACGACCAGACACCUGGGAAGUGAUAUCGUUGACUACGUGCCUGAAGUGGUUGAUGGGUUUGUGGGUAUACCUUCGCGCCCGGGUCUCGGGGUUCAAGUGCUGGACAAUGCGCAGGAGAUCAGACCACCGUUUGUGCAGCCCAUCCAGAUGCGCCCUCAUAAGGAUGGCUUUGUCGUUGAUCAGUAG